UUGUUCUGGACCCCUCACCGAUGCUGCUUCUCCCGGCAGAAACCCCAGUUAGUGACUGGAGGGGAGAGUUUCAGCCGCUUCCUCCAGGACCACUGUCCCGUGGUGACAGAAACCUAUUACCCGACGGUAUGGUGCUGGGAGAGCCGAGGACAGACACUGCUGAGACCCUUCAUCACUGCCAAGCCCCUGGUGCAGUACAGGAAUGAACUCAUUAAAACGGCAGAUGGAGGGCAGAUCUCACUGGACUGGUCUGAUAACAAUAACAGUUCGAGCUAUGAGGAUGCCAGCACCAGACCUACUAUCUUGCUGUUGCCUGGCCUCACUGGAACAAGCAAGGAAUCCUACAUCCUUCAUAUGAUCCGUCUCAGCGAAGAACUAGGAUACAGGUGUGUGGUUUUUAAUAACAGAGGAGUGGCAGGAGAGAAUCUCUUGACACCACGGACCUACUGCUGUGCCAACACUGAAGACUUGGAGACGGUCAUCCAGCAUGUCCACAGCCUGUACCCUUUGGCCCCGUUUUUGGCAGCAGGCGUGUCAAUGGGAGGAAUGCUGCUUCUAAAUUACUUGGGUAAAAUUGGGUCCAAAACUCCUUUGAUGGCAGCUGCAACAUUUUCAGUUGGCUGGAAUACUUUCGCGUGCUCAGAGUCAUUGGAGAAACCACUAAACUGGCUGCUUUUUAAUUACUACCUGACAACUUGCCUCCAGUCUUCAGUUAAGAAGCACCAGCAUAUGUUUGUCAAACAAAUUGACAUGGACCAGGUCAUGAAGGCUAAGUCUAUUAGAGAGUUUGAUAAACGAUUCACCUCAGUCAUGUUUGGAUACCGAACAAUUGAUGAUUAUUACAUGGAUGCCAGUCCAAACCGCAGACUGAAGUCCGUGGGAAUCCCAGUGCUGUGCCUGAAUGCUGUGGAUGAUGUUUUCUCACCCAGCCAUGCUAUCCCCAUAGAAACUGCUAAGCAAAACCCUAAUGUCGCUCUGGUCCUCACUUCUUAUGGAGGCCACAUUGGUUUUCUGGAGGGAAUCUGGCCUAGGCAAUGCACUUACAUGGACCGAGUCUUCAAGCAGUUUGUGCAGGCCAUGGUUGAGCAUGGACAUGAACUCUCCGACAUGUAGUUCUUGGGUGCGUGAAGUCUGAGCCGCCAUUGUUAAAGCACCUCAGCCUAGUGCACAAAUGUCAACUACUGAGGAUAAAGCUGAUAAGCAGCAGAAGAUGGUGAAGAGGUCCAGUGUUGUGCAAAACUACUUCCUAGGGAAACAAAACAACUUUGUAGCAAGAAACUAAAGAUAGUUUAGAUUGUAACUGUCAUAGAUCUUAUUUUUACUCUGCCUUACCAAGUAUGACCUUAAAUUAAGUAGUCCUUACAAACAUGAAUUACACUUAACCAAAACUAUUGUGUAAAAGAUUUUAAUUCCUCAGGGUUUUAAUUUAGGCUAGUAUUUUUAGGUUACUCGGUUCAGUGACUUACUAGUACUUUAAUAACUGUUGAGAGAUUUUCAUGACUUGAAUGUAAGUUAUAAGAGGGGCAUUCAUGAUAACACGACAUUGAGGAAGGGUGAACAGCAAUGCACUGAGUGUUGUUCUGACUUUAAAGGGCAAAUGCAACAAUGUUAGCCUGACUCCUAUGCCUGCUCAUUUAUUCUGAUAAUAUUGAAUUAGGGCUGACUUAUGUUUUAUAAUUAUCAUUUACAUGCUUAUUUUUAAAAUAGUACAUGUGCAAAUGUAUAUCAUUAUAUUAAAAUAAAUUCUAUCAUUUUAAA